AGCGUCUAGAGCUGCAGCUGAACGGGAGGUAAAGCGCUUUUCUACGACGCCGCUGCUGAAGGAUCCACAGUCGGACGGAGAGCGAGGACGACCGGGAGCCGCUGCUACUGGACUGCCUGGCUUUUGCUGGAUGUACAGGCCGCUGCGAAGAUACACACGCGCGCGCACACACCCAGCAAAGAGAGGAUCAGCCUGCUGCGCAGUCUCCUGCACACACACAGACACAUACAAAUCGGAUCAAAGGAUCGAGAAACUGCAGCCUGUGACACACACUCAGAGAGACACACACACACACACCUACAGCGGAUCAAGAAACCACUCAGCCCUAUAGCCUCAAUCUCUGUCUCUCUCUCUCUCUCUCUCUCUCACACACACACACACACACACGCACGCACUUUCUGGGGAGCACCAUAUCAAUUGGAUCCGUCCUGUCUACUCUGUUGGCGGGGACAGUGCUGUGCUUUGCCUUCUGGAGCGAUUUGUCCUUGCUCUCCGUUCCCUUCUCCUCAGACGGACAGGAAUGGGGUGGGAGGAAUGAGGGGAACAUCUCUAUGGCCCCCUCUCCACCCCCCAUGGCUGCUACCAGCACUCAGGACACCAUCCCUGGGACAAACAAUCUAGCCUAGCAUAGCCGCCGUGGUGAUAAUUGGAUUCAGAGGCAAGCGGGAGCAGCUCGUGGGCGUCACCCUGGCUCUCUGAUUCGAGGGGGUCACAAGCUCCUUCAGGAAGUGACACGACCGGACCCCUCGUCGUGGUCCAGCAGCAGAACCCAAGUCCAGUUUGGUGGAGGGGGUGUGGCUAUUUUUAGGCGUGUGCUCACUGGUGACCGUCAAGUGAGUUUGUUAUAUCGUGACGGGGCGGCGGCUCUUUGUGACGGCACUCGUGUCUGGGGCGAGGGGGACUCAACGCCAACGCUGCCUUCUUAUCGCCUACGACAGCCAGGGACCCCACAAUGGGACAGUUGAAGUAGCAUCGCAUUGACGCCCGCGACGACGCUUUUGCAGCAGAAAUACCGGAAUGAAAAGGGACCCAGCAGGAGGAGGAUGAACAGCGGGUGUCAUCCACCCGGAACCUCUGGCACCAACAAGACCAGAGCAGCACGUUUCCCAGCAGCACCACCACCCACCUGCAGUCUGGAAGCCACCGUAUUGUCCUCCUCCUGCUACCACUCCGGCUACUACUGCUGAUGUGGUGACGGUGACAACAACAACAGAGGGAGGCACCACCUAGAAUAAUAGAUGGUGCAGGAUUAUGGGAGGCUAGUCCGCAGACAGCACUUGCAUUACCUUUCAAAGGUGGCUCUCCCACUCCUUUGGGGGGAGAGGGUAAGUGGAGUCACAGAGCAGGAUUUUCCACUGUCUAGGUGCAGUGUGCACCGGCCCCCCACAGCAGCAGGGUUCGAACAUGGGGCGGCUCCUCAGCUCCGAGACAUGAGAGCCAGUGUGGCUCGGGCACAGACUCUGGGUCCGGGGUGAAUGGUCAGUGGACCCACCUGGAACGCACUCCCAUCCCGGGCUAAACGCGACUGCGCAGUGCCGGGAAGGUGCAACCAAAGGGAGCUGUGAUGAGAUGCGGGUCCGAGAGGGAAGAAGGGCCUGAAUAGCAGUUUUGCUCCUGACUGGAGUCACUGGUCAGCCUUGCAGUCCUUGACGAUCAGAGGGAGUUUGACUGAGCCAACUGCAGGCCUCAGCAUCACACCUGACUUUCACCUGGACUUGGUGGGGAGUCACCAAGGGAGGCCCCUGGAGAGAAACUUGCUCCCUCAGCAUUCCACCAUUUAUAGUGUACCACUGGUAUCACGCAUUUUACCUUUCUACUUAACCUGAUCUACUGUCAGAAAAAACUUGUAGGUAUUUGUUCUCACCUUGUCCCUCCCCUCUAUCCUUUGCUUCUCUUCUUUCCAUAUUCUUCUUUUGAGAAGAUGGGUAGCUCUCUGGGAUGUGUCAAACAGCAGCGGGAGGUGGGUGGGGCCAGUGCUCCACCCCUAUCACCCAAGAAGCGUUUCCGGUUCAGGCGCAAGCGGCGGUCAAGACGUGGCCGGCAACAAGGCGUGGCUGGGGGAACAGGGGACGGGGUUCAGUUUGCAGCAGAGCAGGAUGAAGCAGCUCAGGAGGAACUUGCCCCUAGGAAGGAGUUUGCAGAGGUUGUCACCAGACCCACUAGGCUCAAGUAUCCUGAUAGUCCCACUGCAAUUGUGGAAACCCAGCAUGAAAGGUCAUGGCCUGAACCCAACUCUCCUGGGACCAGUGCUGUUGCAGGGGACCUUGCUAACUGGCCAUCAGCCUUACCACUCAAGGGCAGUCCAGGAUGCACAGACUGCCAUCCUUUGGAGGGUUUAGAGACUACUGAAAAGGCUCGGCCCAGCAAGCAAGGCGACUGCGCAGCUGAACUGUCCAUGGGCAACAUUACCCCAGGAGGGGGCCGUGUGUGCCGGGUGCGGGAGGGGGUCCAGGGUGUCCUGCAGAGGCCUCGAAUCCUCAGAACGGUUCCGCUGGAACAGAGCGGGGAGGAACCAAGCAGGGCUUACGCUGACAUCAAGUCCUCCCCAGACACUGCACACCAUGGCGUGGUCCAUAUCCGCGAGGUCGCAGGAAAGCUCUGUGUAGUUCGCACUGUGUAUCCCAGCGACUUUGGCUCACUGGCCUGGAGCGACACGGGUGUCGAGGUUCGUGCAGAGCCCCCAGCCCCCCACAGAGAGAUGGGUGGUGUCCUCAGAGUGAAUGUCAGUGAGGAGCAGGAGGAAGGGGCAGGGCUGAAGCCGGAGACACACCUGAUUGGAGAAAUCUCCCGACAAAUGGUUAAGGCUUCACUGGUGCAUCAUGGGCAGGAAGAAGAGUGGGAAGCAAAGGAGUUGACUUUGGGUGGUUCAGAGCCAACCCACCUGGACCCCCAGUCAUCAGGGUACGCCAGCGAUUUCCCUUUGACCUCGCCGGACACGGCAGGAGGCACGCAGAAUGACUGGGGGGAGUCCUCUAUGGCAGAGAGCCCCCUCUCACCCUCCGAAGAGCCCUCUCAUCUCUCCUCCCAGAUCUCGGAGAUCUACGUGAGCGGUGAGUCGGGUGACCUGACGGCCAAGGAGAAGCUGCUCCUGUGGAGCCAGCAGGCGACCGAGGGCUACCCCGGCCUGCGCUGCACCAACUUCUCCUCGAGCUGGAGUGAUGGGCGCAUGUUCAACGCCCUGCUGCACCACUACAGGCCGGACCUGAUCGACAUGGAGACGGUGGAGCGGCAGAGCAACCGUGAAAACCUCGAACAAGCCUUCGAGAUCGCUGAGUCGCUGGGGGUCACACGACUGCUGGACGCAGAAGAUGUGGACGUGCCGUCCCCCGACGAGAAGUCCGUCAUCACCUACGUGUCCUCGAUCUACGACGCCUUCCCCAAGAUCCCCGAAGGAGGCGAAGGCAUUGCGGCUCACGAGGUGGACAAGAGCUGGGCCGAGUACCAGUCGCGCUUCUCUUCGCUGCUCCAGUGGACCAAGCAGCACACGGCGCUGAUGGCUGACAAGAGCUUUCCCCAGAACCCGGUGGAGCUCAAGGCACUUUACAAUGAAUACGUCCAUUUCAAAGAAACUGAGAUUCCGUCCAAGGAGACUGAGAAAGGGCGCAUCGAGCAUCUCUACAAGUUGCUGGAGGUGUGGAUGGAGUUUGGACGCAUCAAGCUCCCCCAAGGGCUGCACCCCAACGACCUAGAGGAGGAGUGGGGCAAGCUGAUCCUGGAGAUGCUGGAGAGAGAAAAGGCUCUGCGGCCCGCUGUCGAGAGGCUGGAGCUGUUGCUGCAGAUGGCCAAUAAGAUCCAGAACACGGCACUAGCUUGUGAGGAGAAACUCACCCUGGCCAAGAACACACUGCAGGCCGAUGUGGCGCUGCUGGAGGAUGGUCAGCAGGUACGCUCUGAGCAGGAGCUUGGGGUCUACCUGCAGGACUGCGAAGACCUGGUGAAACAACUACAGCUCGACCUGCAAAUACUUAAGGAUGAGAAGUACUACCAGGUGGAGCAACUCUCCUUCAGGGUAUCCUGUCUGCAGGAGGAGCUGGUCUCCCUCAGGCUGCAGUGCUCCAGUGUUUACAGGAAAGGACACUUCUCCAGGGGAGGACUCUCUGGAGACCAGGGGGGUCCCCUCCAGGCCCGUGCCGGCCUCUCUCUGGCCCUGGGGGCCCAGACGCUCUUGGGGGCCGCGGGUGCGGUUGGAGCCCUGCUUCGACGACCCCUGACACGCUCCCAGUUGGUGGCGAUGUCCUCCUCAGAAGAUGAGGGGAGCCUGAGGUUCAUCUAUGAAUUACUCGGCUGGGUGGAGGAAACACAGGACCUUCUGGAGCGCGCCGAGUGGGGUGCUGAUCUGCCGUCUGUGGAGCAGCACCUCCAGGAUCACCGGAACAUCCACAGUGCCGUGGAGGAUCUGCUGCAGUGUUUGCAGGAGGCGCGUGGCUGCGAGUCGACCAUCUCCCCCAAUUUCCGCAGCAGUUACUCUGAGACACUGGCAAAACUGGAACACCAGUACUGCAAGCUGCUGGAACAGUCAUCGUGGCGCCUGCGCUGCCUCGAGAGCCUGCGAGCGUUUGUGUCGCGGUGCACAGCGGAGCUCAUCUGGCUCAAUGAGCGCGAGGAGGAGGAGCUCGCAUUCGACUGGAGCGACGGCAACACCAACGUAGCAGCCAAGAGGGAGCUGUACGCGGACAUGAGGUCCGAGCUGGAGGAGAAACAGGAAGUGAUGCGAAACUUGCAGGAAACGGCCGACCGACUCUGUCAGGAGAACCACCCAGCCAAGCAGACAGUGGAGGCCUACAGCGCUGCCCUGCAGACCCAGUGGCAGUGGGUGCGGCAGCUAUGCAUCUGUGUCGAACAGCACCUGAAGGACAACACCGCCUACUUCCAGUUCAUGAGCGACGCACGGGAGUGUGAGAGUUACCUGCGGCAGCUUCAGGACACCAUAAAGAGGCAAUACACUUGUGACAGGAACAGCAGGCUGGGCAAACUGGAGGACCUGCUGCAGGAUUCCAUGGAGGAGAAGGAGCAGCUCAUCGAGUACCGCAGCACCGUGGCCAGCCUGGUGGGCCGCGCCAAGACAGUGGUGCAGCUCCGGCCGCGGAGCGCCGACAGCACCCUGCCCACCACGGCCACGCCCAUCCGCGCCAUCUGCGACUACCGGCAGAUUGAGGCCAACGCUCAGAUCACCAUCAGCAAAGGAGAGGAGUGUGUUCUGGAGGACAAUUCGCAGAGGACCAAGUGGAAAGUCAUCAGCCCCAAUGGCAAUGAAGCCAUGGUGCCAUCAGUGUGUUUCACUGUCCCGCCUCCCAACAAAGAGGCCAUGGAGAUGGCCAGCAGGAUGGAGCAGCUCUACCAGAACGUGAUGUCCCUGUGGCACCAGCUCCAUGUGAACAUGAAAAGCGUUGUGUCCUGGCAUUACCUGCUGAAGGACAUCAGGACCGUCUCCUCUUGGAGCCUGGAUACGGUGCGCUCGCAGACUGUGGAGGACAGGCGGCAGGCCCUGGACCACCUGGACGCCCACCUGUCCGACUUCCUCACCGACAGCCGCGAGAGCAUCAUCUUCACGGCUGCCGAGCGGCGAGAGCUAGAGGGGGAGGUGCAAAACUGCCAUGCCCACUGCAACGCCCUGCUGGUCUCCAUGGAGACGGUGGAGAAGGAUGAGUCUGUCUCCCGCUCGUACCUCUCGGAGCUCCAGACCAUCAAGCAGCACUUGGAGGAGGCAGAGCAGCGGCUCACACGAGGCAUCCAGGCACUGCCCUCCAGCGGCAUGAGCUGCGAUGCCGUGGACAAUGCCAUCCAUAUCGCAGAGGCCGAGCGACUGCAGCAGGACCUGGGUGGUCUGCGCUCGAACCUGGGCGAUGUAUCUCGCAGGUGCGUCGGCUUCUUCGAGGAGAAGCCCACCUCCUCAAGUGUCCCCGUCCUGCGCUCUGAACUUGGCCUGGCGGUCGAGCAGAUGGACCGCGUGCACGCGCUCUCCUCCGUCUACCUGCACAAGCUGAAGACGGUGGACAUGCUCAUGCGCAGCUCGCAGGUUGCCGAGAGCCUCGUGAAGAAGUACGAGAGCCGGCUGAGCGAGGAGGACAUCGUCCCGGCCGACACGUCCGCCAUCAAGACUCUGCGCGACCAGUUGGCUCGCUGGCAAGCCGAGCUAGAUGACCAGCAGCACGUCUUCCAGGCCUUGGCUGCCGAGGUGCAGCAGGCGAGAGAGACGGGAGCCCAGCUGAGCCAGCUGUAUCGGGACCGGAGCCCCGAGCUGGAGCGCCACCAAGAGAGGGCAUCCCAGUUGGCAGAGAGAUGGGGUGGUGUGAGGAGGCAGAUGGAGACCCGGCGAGCGGAACUGGAGGUGCUUGGCUCAGUUCUGCAGCAGUACCGAGAAGGCCACGCGGCUCUGGUGCACUGGAUCGAGGAGACCACAGCGAAGCAGGAGAACGCGCAGCCGGGGCAGACGGACAGCCGGGUGUUGUCAGAGCAGCUGGCACAGCAAACGGCCCUGGUUGCUGAGAUCGAGAAGAAUCAGGCAAAACUGGACGAGUGUCAGACGUUUUCCAGGCAGUACUGCGCCGCAGUCAAGGAUUACGAGUUGCAGCUGAUGACAUACAGGGCCUUCGUAGAGUCCACUCAGAAGUCCCCUGUGAAGAGGAGGCGGAUGCACUCGUCGUCCGACGCCAUCACGCAGGAGUUCAUGGACCUGCGGACACGCUACACGGCGCUGGUCACUCUGACGACACAGCACGUGAAGUACAUCAGCGAUGCCCUGCGGAGACUAGAGGAGGAGGAGAAGGAGGUCGAGGAGGAGAGGCAGGCACGUGUGAGCCAGGUGUCCGACCUACUCUGCUGGGUGAAGGGUCUCCAGGAACGAGCCGGGACCCCUCGGGGGGCGAAGACCGUGGUGCCCAAAUCAGCUGAGUCCUCAUUGGCUGCGCAGCAGGCCAUCGGUGAGCAACUUGCAGCAAAGAAGGAGGAGGUGGCUGAAGCCAUCAGAAGCACGCAGGUCUUCCUCCUGUCGAAACAGGCCAGCAAACUGUCCGCAGAGGAGCGAUCCCACGUAGCGGCCCAGCUGGACGAGCUGAAGGACACCUACAGCCAGCUGUGCCAGAGCUCCGCUGCCCAACAGCAGCAGUUAGAGGAGCAGCUGGCAAGGGAGGAACAGCUCAAGAAACAAGUGGCCAUCGCUGGAGUCAUCGACCUGGGGACUGUGGAAACCUUCCCAGUGUUCCAUGCAGCACAGCGUGGACUCAUAGACCAGGAAACCUGCCAUGUCCUGUUGGAAGCCCAGCUUGUUAUGGGUGGCCUAAUCGUCCCGGGUUCUUUCGAAACCUUCUCGGUGCAGGACGGUUUGGCCCGAGGCUUGAUUGACAGCAAUGCUGCUCAGUUGCUUUCUGAACUGGAGGCUGCCCUCCACAAGGUGGACCAGUUACAGCCUCGAGAGCGACCGUUGGUCCCAGUUGCUGUGGCAAUGGAGAAGGGGCUGAUUAGGGAGGACGUGGGCCUGCGAAUUCUUGAGUUGCAGAUCAGUGCUGGUGGAGUACAGGAGUCGUCCCGGCAGGAGAGGCUCAGUCUAGAAACUGCUGGCGAGAAGGGCCUGCUCACCCCUAGAGUUUACAACAAGCUGCGCUCACGAUCGCAGCGUCGGGAGUUGAUUGACCCCAACACAGCAGAGAAACUGAGCCUUUCUGAGCUGCAGCAGCACUGCAUUACCAAUCCCGAGUCUGGCCAGAGCCUGCUACCAGUCAGGCAGCAACCAGGGGGUGCUGUGUGCCUUCGCUCUGGCAGGAAGGUGGGUAUCUUUCGCGCUGUGCAGGAAGGCCUGAUUGACCGAGAGGUGACCGUGCGACUGCUGGAGGCUCAGCUGUUUGCUGGUGGUAUUGCUGACCCACGCUCUGGACACAGGUUGACGGUCGAAGAAGCAGUCAGACAUGGUCUGAUGGACCAGGACCUGGCUUGCGCUGUCUUGACCCGGCAGCUGAGGACUGGGGGAUUGCUAGAUCCAGUUAGUGGGGAGCGCCUUGGUGUGGAUGAGGCCAUCAGGAGAGACCUGCUGGCUCCUCGCAUGGCUCUUUUAGUGUUGGAGUCCCUCUGGGUGUUCAUGGGUCUUCUUUGGCCUGAGUCUGGUGAGCUUUUGCCUUUGGCUGAGGCCCUACAGCAAGGUGUCAUUUCGGGCGAGCUUGUUCGACGUAUCCUAAACCAACGCCACAGUGUGGGAGCAUUGUACUUACCUGAAACCAGUCAUGUUGUGCCAUUAAACCGAUCUGAAGAAGUUCUGGAAUCAAGAGUGGUGGAGGUCUUGCGAGAAACUCGAAUCCCAGAUGUACUGCCCAGCAUGAUUCAGUCUGGUUCCCCCACCUUGAACCGCCUGAGCUGGGGCUCUGCCUCAUCAUCACCGCUCUCAUCUUCACCACCCUCAUCACCUCAGGGACUCACUUUUAACUCUGCCUUUCUGGAGCAUGCAGGUCCUGGAGAGCAGGCCCAAGAGCGCCUCCUCUUUCAUCUCAUGACUCAUAGCUACGUGGAUGCCCAUUCUGGCCAGCGCCUGGUUCUUCUGGAGCCUGAAUUAGCCCAGCUUGCCAGUGCCACCAGUUCAGUUUCAGAAGAAGGGGCCAACCUGGAGAUGGAACCUGAAACACAUAUUGGAGAUGAAUCCCAUUCUGAUCAAUUAACUGCUGACAAACAGGAACCCAAAGUCACGAUUUCUUUUCUUAAACAAGGGGAUGCAGAAAUACUGGCCGCCCAGGAGGAGAGCUCAAAGUCCUCCAUGUUUCUUAAAGAUGUUCUAUCCAAGAAGGGAGAGGUGUUUCCAGGAGCAGUUCUGCCAAAAAGGCAGUCAUGUAUGAAGGAGGGAGAGAGCCCUGACCCAAGAGUGCUCAGUAAGCAGAGUGAGACUGACAAAACAGGACUGCCUUCGAUCUGUGAAACUCAGGCCAGUGAUCAACUUGUCAGUGUGACCCCAAAGCCAGAAGAAAUGAAAAUGUAUUCAUUGCAACAUGUGUUUCCAGGAACGCAUAGUAAAUUUGAGAAGGAGAAUAUAGAUGGCAGGGUGGAAAUGGCAAAAUUUGAAGAAAUCCUCCAUCCUACUGGGGAGGUGAGAACUGUCUCACGUUCCAGUGUUGUUAAAAAGGAGCUUGUACAGUGCAAAUUAGUUGGGAAAGGGCUUAAGCUGGGUGAUGGCGAGAGAGCUGUGGAUGUCCAGAGCUAUGAUUCUGGCAGUGUUUCCAGACCCCAGACGGAUACAAAUUCCCAGCCCUUAGCAACGACAGAAAUGGAACAUGUGAAAACAGAAGAUGGUGACAAAGCAGAGUUGGACACAAGCUCAAGGUCACUUGGAAAACUCCAUGUGCAGGAUGAGGAGAGGAAAGAGAAGGACAAAAAGAUGGUUGUAGACACUUCAGUCAAACACCUUGUUUUGGAAGAGAAGGAUCAAGUUGUUGCAAGUCCACAAAUGGGCAUAUUAGUAAGUGACCUUCUGCAGGAGGAGUACAGUGAGCAAACCCAAGCUGUAGAACUUGUAGAGGAGGGACUUUCUGAGAAAGAUGAGUUAAAGACUGCAAAUAUAGCCUUACAGGUGCAAAAGUUGGGAGACAGUGAGACCAAAAAAGCAGUAACAGAAUACAGCAGCCAGGCUCAGAGGAAACUCCAGCAGGCUGUUACGGACCGUGACUUGAGGGACCCGAGUACAAGACCAGGUGGUUCCAGGGAAGGUGGAGUUUCCACAAAACAAAGUGAGGAAGAUGCAGAGUUGCAACGGUUGGUGGGGGAGCUACAGGAAGGUGGUUUGAUGACAGAAAGUGGAGAGCGUCUGCUUCUGGAUGAGGCCCUUGCUUGUGGGGCGCUCCAAGGGCAUACGGCAGUUAAGCUCAUGGAACGUGCAGGGUUGUUUGGAGGCUUCCUGGACGUGAGAGCGUGUGAGGCAUUGAGCGUGGAGGAUGUAGUACAGGAGGGCUUGCUGGAUGAGAGUCUCAUGCGGAGUGUGCUCAAGUCAGAGAAGACACUGGCAGGCAUAGUGGACAUGGGGCGUGGCAAGCUAUACUCCGUGCAAGAUGCUGCCCGGGUUGGGCUGUUGGACCCGGAGACUGCUGCUCGGCUCCUGGAGGCCCAGGUGGUUUCAGGGGGCGUGGUAGACCUGUGUCGGGGAAAGAAAGUUUCCGUCACUCUGGCAUACAAUCUGGGCCUAAUCGAGGAGGGACAAAGGAAGAGUUCAGCUGCCUUGGAGAAGUCCUGCCGAGGCAAGAGCUCAGACUCUGAUGUGGCACGCAUAAAGGUAGCCCUGCAGCUGCAGAUGGAUGGAAUUUUAGAUCCCAGUACCAGGCAACCUGUGACCAUGGUUAAAGCUCUUCAAAAAGGAUUGCUAGGACAAGAAGAGGCUCAGGAGCUGCUUUCCCAGCAACUGGCUGAAGGCGGUAUCAUGCACCACGGCUCGGGAGUUCGGCUCAAAGUGGCUGAUGCUUUGCAGAGAGACCUGGUGGACAAGGGCAUGGCUGAAGAAUUGGAGAAACUGGAGAGGGAAUGCCAAAUCGGGGAGUUUUCCAGGUCUGACCCCAAAACAGCUCUUCUGCAGGCUUCCACUGGUGCUGUGCUCAAUCGAGGAUCUGGGAUUAGAUUAACCCUAACAGAAGCAGUUUUUCAAGAUCUGCUGGAUGAUAGCAUUGCUGAAAGAGCCAUGUCAUCACCUGGAGUUACUAGAGGCAUUAUUGACCCCAAGAGUGCCCGUAUUGUACCCUACUCUGAGCUUGUCAAUCAAAGUAAGAUUGACAUAGAGACGGGUCAACGGUUCCUUGAGGUGAAACUUUUCGGUGGAAUCAAGGAUGAACGCACUGGCCAGGUUAUGACCCUACCCCAAGCACUUGAGGCUCGGCUUGUUGACCCAGUGCCGGCUUUGAGGCUCUUGCAAAGCCAAAUAAACUCAGGAGGGGUUGUUGAUAUCACUUCUGGAGAGAGAUUGCCCCUUGGGGAGGCUGUUAGGAGAGGCUUGGUGGGGGAGGAUAUGGCUAAAAUCAUUGCUGCCAAGCAGAUUAAGGGAGGUAGUCUGAACCCAGUCAGUGGAGAACAUGCAAGCCUCAUCACAGUUGAAAUGUCUUCAGAUCUGGAGGAGGAAGGGUUGCAGGAUAAGGAAGGACUUGAAACAGUUAAGUCAAAAAAUGAGACUAUUAGUCUAUCAGAUAGAAUAGUGCCAUUUAACUACCAAAGUAAACACACAAAGCCAAAUGACAAGUGUGCGAGUAAACAUAUAAGUCCUGAAAGUAGCCAUGACCCCUUGCACAUGCCUGAGAAAUCUGUUGAGAGCAUGAUGCCAGCGGCAUCGGUUUCCUCAGAUUUUAUAAUUUCCUUUAAACCUGUAGAAGAAGAAAGAGAGGACCCAAUCACAAUGACAUUAGCUCACAGAAAUGAAUCAGCAACAGAAAAGAUAAUGCCUACUGAAGCGCAGGGAAGCAUGGAAAUGCUGGCUCUGAUUACAUUAAAUGCGGAGGAAAGACUGCAGCAGGAGCUUUCAGAAAUUAAACCUGAAUACCCCAUGCCAGUUGAUAUGGGAUGCCAGUUGAGACAUGACAGCGCUCAUGUGGAAAGGAGGGAAAGCACAAAUUAUGUUCAGGUGCCUUUACCAUCAGACACUAUGUCACAAAUCAGUAACUCCGGCAUAUUUGUAGAGCCUGAGUCUGAUGUUCAGGUCCAACCCCAGAGUACAUCAGUGAUUCUGCUAACUGACAAAUAUCUUGAGAGGUCAGAACCCAAAGACAGUAGGGAGAUCACAGAGGAAAGACUCUGCAAUGAAGUCAGACCAUCACAGCUUCAGCCUGUCUUAGACCUUUGGACAGAAGACAAAAGGUUUACCAAUCAAAAAAUGUGGGAUUCUGAUGGAUCCAUUGAUAUUACCCCAGUCUCCCUGGAAGAAGAGAGAAAGAGGGUGGAUAGAGAAAAGGUAGACAACCUUGAAUGGACAACAGGAGGUAGAGAUCGAAAACCUGAAGCAAAAACAACUUCUGACUUCAGCUACAAGGAGAAUGAGACCACAGCACAGCAAACUGGAUCAGAAAGACUGGAGAGCCAGUAUUCUGAGGGAUCCACUACCUUACUCUACUUAAAAAAAGGUAGAAAGAGUGGGAUAGAGGAUGAUAGAGAACGGGAAAAAGAACUUCAAUUGAAAAGGGUUGGCAGAGAUAAAGAACAUGAAUUGAAAACUACUAAUUUAAGGGAUGUAAAGACUGAAAACAUGGUAGAGUACACAACAGAAUCAGGAAGUCAAAAGAUCCAGGGUUCUGAUGGACUCAUUGAUACCAAACCAGCCUCCCUUGGAGAAGGCACAAAGAGUAUGAUAGUGGAGGACAGAGAUCGGGGAAAAGAACUUGAAUGGAGAACACUUUGUAAGGAUGGAGAACAUGAAAUGGAAAAAACUCUUGACUUAAACUUAAAGAAAGAGACUAUGACAGAACAAGCAACUGAAUUAAAGAGUCAAAAAAUAUGGGAUUCUGAUGGAUCCACUAUCGCCCCAACCUCCCAUGAAGAAGGUAGGAGUAUGACAGAGCGUGAUAGAGAGAAGGAAAAGGAGCUUGAAUGGACAAAAGUUGGCAGAGAUGGAAAAUAUGAAAUGAAAAUAACUUCUGAGCUCAGACAUGUGCAGCAUGAGACUCAAGCAGAUCAAGCAACUGAAUCAGAAAGUCAAAACAUAGAAGAUUCUGAUGGAUCCAUUGCUGUCACCCAAGCUUCCUUGGAAGAAGGUAAAAGUAGGAUCCAGGAUGACGGAGAGCAAGAAAAAGAACUUGAAUGGACAACAGUUGGAAAAGAUGAAAACCAUGAACUAAAAAGAACUCCUGACUUCAGCCGUGUAGACAGUGUGACUAUGGCAGAGCAAGCAACAGAGUCAGAAAGUCAAAAUAUCCAGGAUUGUAACGUAUUCACUGAUGUCACCACAACCCAUCCUGAAGAAGGUAGAAAGAGUAGGCCAGAGGGUGGUAUAAAACAGGAAAAAGAAGCUGAAUGGAGAAGAGUUUGUAUAGAUGCAGAAGAUGAGGCAAAAAAGAUUCCUUACCUAGUGAGUGAGAUUAUGGCACCAGAGACAUCUGAAUCAGAAAGUGAAGGGAAAAAAGACAAAACUGAGAUGGAUGUUGACUAUAAGGUGACAGUGAAGACACUUUUCAAAAGUAAAGAGAGUGAAGCUCUGGGAGAUGAGAGAGUUGAUAGUCAGGAAGAGAAUCCUCCGCUGCAAACAAUGGAGAGGAAAGAGUUGUCAUUUGAAUGCAAAGAAGUAAUUCAUGAACAAAAAGAUGAGAACAUUAGGGAGCUCGAUCAAAGCCAGGAUGAUGAUGGUCAGAAUAUAAGAACACUUGAACUUUGUACUUCAGAGCUGGGAAAAGGGAUUCUGAUACCUAAAGGUCAUGUUGAGGAACUGAAAAUCUCUGGAGAUGAAUUGAGCAAAGACAUCAUGGAAGAUGAGGAGAGCUUGAUGGUACUGAAAAAGAACCAGCAAAAGGAAGAAACAGAAGAAACUAUUUCUGCUCUAGUUCUUGAGCAGAUGGACAGCAUGGACACCGGAACAGUGGAGACAGUUGACCCUCAAAAGGGAGAAUUGGAGAAGAGUUCUGUCAAGAAGGUACCACCAACUGCUUUUGAGAAAGAGGCCUUGUUAAUGAAGGCAAAGGAAAGCAUACUGCGAAAGGUUUUUGAGCGUGGAGUGAGUGAGAAGCAGGCCGCUGAAGAGCUGGAGGCUCUGCUGAAGGGAGCAUGGAGAAAGAAAGGAGUUCAGAUUUCAAAGGAUGAUCAGCAGGGUGAUGAGCAGUCAGCAGAAUCCCAGAUGGAGGAGACUGGAGUGCAUGGCAGGAGUUGGGAAGAGGAGCUUGUGUCAGUUGAGUCACAGAGUCUCGCAGCUUUCACAGAGCAUCUGCAGAGAGAAGGAGAUGGAGAGCAGGAUGCUGGAUGUGUCAGUCGCAGGGAGGAAAUACAACUUGGAAGAAAGAUGAGUGGUUUGCAGGAGCCAGGUCAACUUUCACCAGCUGUCACACGAGUGGAGGUCAAAGACUCACCUGCACAGAGAAAGGAGCUGAAAGACAGUGAUGUAAUGAGUCACAUCCAGGCUGAUGAGAGCUCUACCCAGGGUCCAGAGGGAAGAGUUGAUACUGACCAAAACAUACAUGUUGAUACUGGAGCAGAGGGCCACCAGAAGGUAUCUGUUGAUUUUGGGGAUGAGGGAGAAAGGGAAAAAGUUUGUCAAGGCGAGAAUGAAACCUGGUCCAUUUCCGCUGGGGAGGCUGCCUUAGAUAGAAUGGCUGAAUCUCAGCCUGGGCCUCAUGCUACAGAGAGUCCAGAAGGUCCACCCUCUGUGGUGGGUCAAGCUCUAGUCUCAGUCAGCCUUGACUCUGACUCACAGGUUCCUGACACUGUCCCGGUGAGACCAAGUCCAGAAGGAACCCAGAGUGAGGAAUAUGCUGAAUCAGAGGACACUGGAGACUCGCAGCUCCUGAAGUCCUCAGAAUCAGAACUGUCUCAGCCAGAAGAAACUGAGUCUGACAUGGGAGAGAGUGAGGUUGAAGACGUGGCGGAAGAUGAGGAGCGGGAUGAGGACGGAGAGACCAGAGAGAGCCAAGAGGGAGAAGAGACAAGUACUGCUAAAGGCAGCAAGCCGUCACUGGUCCGUCAGGAGUGUCUGGAGCGCGACCAGCGAAUGGUGGCCCUGCUGUCAAUGGUUCGGCACAUAGAGGUCCGUCUGAAGCAGCAGCAUCAGCAGUCCUCCAGCAGUCCCAGUGUCACCGUCCUCAAUGACUUCAUCCACCAGGCUGAGGAUUUGGAUGCAGAGCUGUGUGACCUGGAGGUGAAAGUAAACCACGAAGUGGACGCAGCAGGGCAGCUGCUAGAGCUUCGCUCACAAGGGGUCCCAUCUCAGCUACUCCUUGCCCUGGAGAAAGAUAGGCGGAGCUUGUCCAGAGGCUAUGCUGCGGCAAAACAGGCCUCUCAGAGCAUGCUCCGGGGCCUCCAUGCUCAACGAGAUGCACGCAAGGAGGCACUCGGCACUCGGCUGCGCUCUCUUACCGGCCACAUGGACGAGCUCCUGUCCUGGCUUGAGUCCCACGGCACUGAGACACAAGAGCAGGAGAGUGGAGUGGACAGGAGCCCAGUGGAGCUGGCGAAACAACUGCAGCUGUGCGAGGAGCUGCAGGGCGCGUUCUCGGCCCGGUCCGGAGACAUCGCCGCUGUGGCAUCCAGCGUCCAGGCACUGGUGUCUGAAUGCGCUCAGGACCUCCUGCCGGAGCAGAGCAAGCGGAUCCUUGGGCGGCUGCAGCACCUGCAGGGCUCCUUCCACCAGGCAGCGGGGAGCACCCAGGCUCGGGCCAAAGCCCUGUCUGCCCAGCAGCAGUGGGAGGCGGAGAAAGAGCGACGGCGAGUGGAGGAAGAGGAGAGACUGCGUGCCAGGGAGAGAGAGAUGGUGCAGCAGCAGAGGUCCGAAUGCUCGCGGAAGCUGGAGGGCUUGACGAUGUGGUUGGCGGGGUCUGCUGGCUUGCUAGCCAAUCAGAAACCAGGGGUGGAGUCAGGUGACAUCAGCCUGCUGCAGGAGCGACAGAGAGGGCUGAAGGAAGUUCAGCAGGACCUCCAGAAUCGGGAAGAUGGCGUGAUGGAAACAAUGCGUAAAGUAGAGGAGUUUCUGUCGGAGCAAGGCGACAGAUUAAGCCCAGAGGAGAGGGCCAGCCUGCAGGGGACGCUUUCCCGGGUGCGAGAGCAGUAUAGCUCCUUGACCGACAUGGCCCAGUCCUCCCUGGCCCAGCUGGACUCUGCCAUCAGCACCACAGUCCAGCAGAACACCCAGAGGGCAAAGGCAGUGGAGGAGCUGCAGGAGACCCAGGGAAUGAUGGGUGUCCUCCUAGAGCAGCUCUCCUCUGUGACUCAGCAUCAAGUGGAUUCGGGUACGAUGACCCCCGCACAGCCAGAGGGCGCGCUGCACUCUCAUCGGGGCACACUUGAGGCGGAGCUGCUGCAGCUGCAGGCCCAGCAGGCGCAGCUCUUGCAGGUGUCACAGGCGGCGCAGUCACUGCUGAAGCAGCCAGCCUCGAACGUGACAGAGGAGGAGAAGCAGCGGCUCGGCGAGACCCUGGAGCAGCUGCAGGAGCAACACCGGCGCCGGCUGCAGGGCUGUCAGGAGCGGCUGCGCAGGGCCGAGACGCUGGGCGAUGAGCUCGCCAAGUUCCUGCAAGAGCAUGGGCAGCUGGGCGCCUGGCUGGAGUUGAGCGAGCGGCAGCUACGAUCACUGGGGGAGGGAGAGAUGGAUGCGCAGGGACUCAGACAGAGGCUGGAGGAGCACAGGAAGCUGGCCGAGGAUGUGAUCUGCCACAAGGCGGACCUGCGCUUCGUUUCCAUCUCGGGACAGAAAGUUCUAGACUCGGUUCAGGGGGCCAGGGAGCAGGACGGCUCUGUGGACCCGGCGCUGCAGGAGACGCGGCGGCUGGUGGGCGAACGAAUGCAGGAUGUGACGCAGCGGUACGCUGGCCUGCACAGCAAGUCCUCGGAGCUGGGCACUCGUCUGACUGGGCUGCUCGACCGCUACCAGCAGUACCAGGAGGAGUUGUGUUCGCUGGCCUCAUGGCUCUUGGCGCAGGAACAGAACCAGAGUCCGGCAGGGUCCAGUGGCGACCAGACGGAUGCAAAGACGCUGCAGAGCGCGCUGCACUCGGUGCAGCUGCUUCAGGGUGAGGUGGCUGAGCGCUCAGUGCAGCUGGAAAGAGCAAAGCGAACAGGAAGGGAGCUCGCCGACAUGCAGGAGUCCCCCGCUCUGAGGCCGUCUGAUAUCCUGGAUGCUGCAGAUGCCCUGGACAGUCGUUUUGGAGCGCUGUCCGAGUCGGUGUCGCAACGGGCCGAGCGUCUCCAGAGCGCCCUGGCCCAGUCCGUGAGCGCUCAGGAGGCCCUGAGUGCUCUGCAGUCCUGGCUGGACGGGCUGGCGGUGGAAUCGGCACCGGUGCAGCCUACGGCUCAGGCAGUGAAGGAAACCCUCGCCCAGAACCAGAAACUGAGACAAGAGCUAUUGUCCAGGCAAGCCAGUGUAGACGCUAUGCAGGAGUCCGUGUCCAAGCUCCUUCAGACUGCCGAUGCGACGACCGCCUCUGGGCUGCAGGGGGCGCUGCAGGACUUUGGCCGACGCUACUCUGCCGCUCAGGCUGCGCAAGCCGAGACAGAGGCCGAGCUGCGCACCCUGCUGCCCCGGCUGGAGAGCCACGAGCGCCUGCGCAGUGACCUGCGAAACUUCGUGCAGAGCCAGGAGAAGGCGCUGAGCCCGGGGGGGCAGCCGGACCGCACCGUGGAGGACUACAGACAGACCGUAGCGGAAGUGAGACUGGAGCUGAAUCAGGAAGGAGGUCAGCUGCAGGCCUUCUGUGAGCUGGGAAAGGACCUGAGCCAGUGCAGGACCCUCGCCAACAGCCAGAACAUCCUGGACAGCAUCAAGGAGGUGUCUGAGGAGUUUUCACGGCUGGAGUCACGCAUCACCGAGAGGACCGGUGCCAUCCAAAGUUGCGGGCAGCAGCUGGCGCACUUCCGGUUCCUCUCUGGCGCCCUCCUCAGGUGGCUCCAGACAGUGCAGGAGCAGCUGCCCUCCGAGGAGCCGAGCCUCAGCACUGAUGGACUGAGCAGGAGGGUGGAGCAGCUCAAGGAGUUGCAGAGUGAGUGGGAGGCCCAAGGGUCUCGGGUGCAAGAGCUGAACCAGACUGGCGCAGAGCUUGAGGCUGCAAUCAUCAAGAUCACUUCUCCGCAAAGCAAGACUGGUGUGGUCCAGAUAAACGGUGCUGGUAGCUCCAGUAGUGUCAAUGGCAUUCACACCUGUCAAGACCUGACUGAGAUCCAGGUGGCACUGGGAGAUGUGGGCAGCGGUUAUGAGCAUCUGGGCGCCGACCUUCAAGCUAGACUGGAACGCCAAAGAGUUGCCUUGGAGCUGCGACAGCGGGCGCGGCACCAAGCGGAGGAGCUGGCACAGUGGUUGAGCGAACGGGAGCGAAGUGUCUCCGCGGGGCCCGUUGCCUCUCCCUCCCGGCCCGAGGUGGUACGCACCCAGGCCCAGGAGAACAAGGCCCUACUGUCUGAACUGGCACAGCAUUCUGGGAAGGUGGAGGAGAUCAAGGACCUGUUGCAGCAGCUGAUUGCCGAGAACCCGGACUCCUCCGAGGCAGAGACCUGGAGGAAGAAGCUGAGAGACAUCGACUGCAGGUGGCAGAGCGCCAACGAGAAGGCAGCGCAGCGGCAGUGUGAACUGGAGACGUGUGCUGAUAGGCUGGGCAGCUUUGCGGCAGCGGCCGCUCAGUUGGCACCCUGGCUGCAAGAGAAGGAGCUGAUGAUGAGCGUCCUCGGGCCCCUGAGCAUCGACCCCAACAUGUUGAACACCCAGAAGCAGCAGGUUCAGAUUAUGCUGCGGGAGUUUGAGACUCGACGACCUCAGUUCGACCAGCUGACCGAGGCUGCGCAGGGCAUCCUGUCCCCAGGCAGGGAGUCAACGCCAGACCAGCAUGAGGUGCAGGAGCAGCAGGAGACCAUCUCGCGUCGGUGGGACGACCUGACGGCGCGUCUCUCGCAACGCUCGGAGCUCAUCGACCGGGCGCAGGGGGCCAGCGAACGCUACCAGGUCCAGCUCCGGGAGCUUUCGGCCAGUCUGGCAGCGUUGGGGGAGCGCCUCGAUGCACAGGCCUCGCUGAGCACACGGCCCGAGGCGCUCCGACACCAGCUGCAGGAGACGGGAGAGGUGCGGGCUGAGCUGGAGCAGCGCCGGGGGGAACUGUCCCUCGCCGAAGAGUUGUGCCGCGAGCUGAGUGCCAUCGUGGCCGAGCCAUACCUGCGGGAUGAGCUGAAGAAGAGGCUGGAGGGUGUGAGCGCUCCCCUGCACAGCCUGGAGGAGAGAGCAGCGGACGCACUCUCUCAGCUGCAGGCAGCGCUCUCCAGCACGCAGCAGUUCCAGCAGAUGUUCAACGAGCUGCGCGUCUGGCUGGAUGAGCGGAACCUAGAGCAUGCAGCCGGGAGGGGGGCAGGCGACUCCCUCCCCUGCCAGCCGGAGGCGCUGCGGGCGCUGCUGUCCCGCCAGGAGGAGGCGCAGAGGUCCUUGGCACAGCAGCGCGGUCAAUAUGAGCUCCUCCAGGCCGAGGGCGCCUCCCUGUUGGCAGCACUUCCACCCGGGGGCGAGGAGAGGACCGCUCUCCAGGAGCGCCUCGGCACCCUAAGGCAGGACUGGGAUGCGCUUAAGCGCGACUCGGACGAGUGGCUCGGCCGGCUGCGUGGCGCCCUCCAGUGUGCGGAGCAGUACCGGCAACAGUGCGCUGAGCUGGGCCCCUGGGUGGAGGAGUGUGACCAACACGAGGCCCAGAUCCGGCCGUCCCUGGAGCCCACAUCCUUGGAGGAGGCCCUGCAAAGGGUGCGGCAGCUAAGCUUGGACCUGGAACGCCGGCAGCCCCUGCUGAAGGCCCUGAACGCAGCAGCUGACCAGCUGCUGGAGCGAUGCCACGUUGGCGAGGAGGAGGUUCGAGACGAGAAGGCGGCGCUGAACGGGCGUGUGGACGGCCUGGCCGGACGUCUGCAGGCGCAAACCGCCCAGCUGGAGGAGCUGCUGGGACGCUUGAGGGAGUUCGAGGAGGGCCGGCAGGCCGUGGAGAGGCGGUUAGAGGCAGCGCGCCACCAGAUCGAGGUCCAGGAAGCACUGGGCCCUCAAGCAUGCAGCAACAAGAGCCUGGAGCGUCUGCGCAGCCAGCAGGAGGCGCUGUGCUCCCUGAGGCCACAAGUGACUUACCUAUGCGACUUGGCCCAGGGGCUGGUGCAGGAUGCGCCCAUCACACCUGGGGGCGUCGAUGAGGGCAGCCAACGGUUGAAGCAGCAAGCCCAGGACACGGAGAGGGAGUUUGCUGACGUCAGCGACAAGAUUGAGCACUGCUGCUCCUCUCUGGAGUCCCGUUUGCAGGGCGUCGGGGAGGUGCAGUCCCGCGUGCGGGAUGUGUUCUCGCGUCUCGCCGACCUGGACGACGAGCUGGACGGCCUGGGUCCCGUGGGCCGCAACGCCGACUCGCUGGCCUCGCAGGCGGAAGCCGUGCGCGGUUUCCUGGUGCGCCUGGCCACUCUGCGCGGUGAACUGGAGGCCCACGGUGGCGAUUGCGCAGCCAUGUUGCGGCGCGAGGGCAGCUCGCCAGACCUGCUGGCACUGCGGCGCGAGACGGAAGCCCUGAGCCGUCAGGCCGCUAAGCUGGCGGAGCGCGGACAGGCUCGGCUGGGCCAGGUGGAGGCGGCCGAGGAGCGUGUGCGCGAGUUCUACGGUCGCCUUGCCGAGCUGCAGGACCUGCUGGGGAAAGCCGAGGAAGGGCUGAGUGUGCAGGGCGCCGUGGCCACUGAGGUGGAGGUCAUCAAGCAGCAGCUGCAGGACUUUAAGGCGGUGGAGCGGGAGCAGGUGGAGACCAUCCAGCCCCGGCUGCACCAGGUGAACGCCGUCGGUCAGGGUCUGAUCCAGAGUGCGGCGAAGGACACGGAUACGCGAGCGCUGGAGCACGAUCUGGACACGACGAACCUGCGCUGGAACUCACUCAACAAGCGGGUCGCGGAGCGCAUUGCACAGCUUCAGGAGGCCCUCCUGCAUUGUGGGAAGUUCCAGGAUGCGCUGGAGCCCCUACUCAGCUGGUUGAGCGACACUGAAGACUUAAUAGCCAAUCAGAAACCCGCGUCGGCCGAGUACCGGGUGGUCAAGGCCCAGAUACAGGAGCAGAAGCUGCUGCAGCGACUGCUGGAUGACCGACGCAGCACCGUGGAGAUGAUCCGAGUGGAAGGCCAGCGCAUCGCCGCUACGGCUGAACCACAGGACCAGGAUAAGAUCCGGCGGCAGCUGGAAAGCCUGGGGGAGAGGUGGCGCGAGCUGCUGGGCAAGGCCAGCGCCAGGCAGAGGCAGCUGGAGGAACUGCAGGUUCUGGCGCUCCAGUUCCACGAGGCCGUCGAGCCGCUGGGCGAAUGGCUGAGCGUCACGGAGCGCCGCCUGAGCACCGCCGAGCCCAUGGGCACGCAGACGGCCAAAAUCACACAGCAGAUUGCCCGCCACAAGGCCCUCCACGAGGAGGUCGUCUCUCGGGGCGCCGAGGUGCAGCGGCUGGAGGCCAUCGUCCUGUCGCUAUUGCCCCUGAGCUGUGUGGCGGACUGCAACUGGAUAGGCGAACGCGUGGGGGCGCUGCGGGGGGGGCACGCCGAGCUGAGCGAGUGGUGUGCCCGGCGUGCCGCCAUGCUGGAGCAGGCGCUGGCCAACGCGCAGCUCUUUGGCGAGGAGGAGGUUGAGGUCCUUAACUGGCUGGCCGAGGUGGCUCAGAGGCUGACUGAGGUGUCGGUGCAAAGCUACGCGCCCGAGCAGCUGUCCGAGCACCACCAACACACCCUGUCACUGAACGAGGAGAUCCUGAGCAGGAAGAAGACCGUGGACCAGGCCAUCAAGAACGGACAGGCCCUGCUCAAGCAGACCACAGGUGAGGAGGUCCUGCUGAUCCAGGAGAAACUGGACGGGAUAAAGAGCCGUUAUGCAGAGAUCACAGCAAGCAGCAGCAAAGCCCUCAGGACCCUGGAACAGGCCCUGCAGCUGGCCACGCGCUUCGCCGGCGCCCACGAUGACCUCAACCUCUGGCUGGACAGCAUGGAGGCGGAGCUUAACAACACAGAGCCUGACACCUCACCGGCCUAUCAGGAGAGACAGAAGGAGCUGAAGUGUGUGUCAGCAGAGAAGCGAUUGGUCCUGGACACGGUGAACGAGGUGGGCAGCGCCCUGCUUGACCUGGUUCCCUGGCGCGCCCGCGAGGGACUCGACCGCCUCGUUGCCGAUGCAAACCAACGGUACCGGCAGGCUGACGACACCAUCACGCAGCGUGUGCAGCUGGUGCAGGCCGCCAUCAAGAGGUCGCAGCAGUACGAGGAGGCUGUGGAUGCCGAGCUGGCCUGGGUGAGCGAAACGGAGCGCAAGCUUAGCUCCCUGGGGCCGCUGAGCCUGGAGCCAGAUGUCACCGUGGCCCAGAUGCAGGUGCAGCGUGCCUUCAACAUCGACAUCAUCCGGCACCGAGACACCGUGGACCAGCUGCUUCGGUCGUGCUCGGAAAUCCUGGAGAGCUGCAGCGAGCAGCAGCGGGAGGCCCUCAAGGUGAAGACAGACUCGCUGAGCACGCGCUACGAGGCGGUGAGCCACGGUCACUCGGAACGCUUCUCGGCGCUGGAGCAGGCCCAGGUGUUGGUGGCCCGCUUUUGGGAGACCCACGAAGAGCUGGAUCCUUGGCUGGGUGAGACAGAGACCCUGAUUGCACAGCUGCCCCCGCCUGCCAUCGACACGGAGACCCUCCGGCUGCAGCAGGACCAGAUGAGGCUGCUGAGGGAGUCCAUCGCCGAGCACAAGCCCCACAUCGACAAGCUGCUGAAGAUCAGCCCCCAGCUGGCCGAGCUGAGCGCCGAGCAGGGGGCCGCCGUGAGGCAGCGCUGCGCCGAGGCCGAGCGCCGCUACCUGGCCAUCAAGGAGGAGGUCAAGGGUCGCGCCGCCGCUCUGGACGAGGCCGUCUCUCAGUCCGCACAGCUGGCAGAGUUCCACGACAAGAUGGACCCUCUGCUUGAGACCCUGGAGGCGGCAGCGCAGCGCCUGAGGCAGCCCCCUCCCGUUGCGGCCGAGGUGGAGAAGAUCCGCGAGCAGCUGGCCGAUCAUCGUGCUUCGAUGCUGGAGCUGGACAAGCUGCUGCCCUCCUUCAGUGCCCUGUGCACCCGUGGCGAGGAGCUUAUGACCCGCGCCCCCCAGGAAGACCCCGCUGCUCAGGCGGUGCGCUCCCGGCUGCUGAGGCUGCGCUCCCUCUGGGACGAGAUCCGUCAGUGGGCCGAGGAGCGCGAGGGGAAGCUCCAAGAUGUCCUGGACCUGGCUGGAAAGUUCUGGGCGGAUAUGGCGGCUCUGCUGAGCACGCUCCGAGACUCGCAGGAGAUCGUGAAGGACCUGGAGGACCCCGGUGUGGACCCGUCGCUCAUCAAGCAGCAGAUUGAGGCUGCUGAGGCCAUCAAGGGUGAGACGGAUGGUCUUCGGGAGGAGCUGGAGUUUGUGCGUACCCUGGGGGCCGACCUCAUCUUCGCCUGCGGUGAGACGGAGAAGCCUGAGGUCAAGAAGACCAUUGAUGAGAUGAACGCAGCCUGGGACAGUCUGAACAGGACCUGGAGGGAGAGGAUGGAGCGGCUGGAUGAGGCUAUGACCGCCUCCGUGCAGUACCAGGAUGCUUUGCAGGGCAUGUUUGACUAUCUGGACAAUGCCGUGAUCAAGCUGUGCGACAUGCCCACGGUGGGCACCGACCUGGGCACCGUCAAGCUGCAGAUUGAGGAGCUCAAGCAAUUCAAGGUGGAGGUGUACCAGCAGCAGAUCGACAUGGAGAAGCUGUGCCACCAGGGGGAGCUGCUGUUAAAGAAAGUGUCGGACCAGACCGACCGAGAUAUGAUCCAGGAGCCGCUGACCGAGCUAAGGCACCUGUGGGACAACCUGGGAGACAAGAUCACACACAGACAGCACAAACUGGAGGGGGCGCUCCUGGCCCUGGGGCAGUUCCAGCAUGCCCUCUCAGAGCUCCAGUCGUGGCUCAGUCACACCCACACCACGCUGGACACCCAGCGACCCAUCAGUUCUGACCCCAAAGCCAUUGAGAUCGAGCUGGCCAAGCACAAUGUGCUGAAGAACGAUGUGCUUUCACACCACUCCACGGUGGACACAGUGAAAAGCGCGGGCUCCGAGCUGCUGGAGUCUGGCCCCGGGGACGAGGCAAGCGCCCUCCGCGAGCAGCUGGACGAGCUCAACCGCAGCUGGGAGAGCCUACUGCUCAAGACCCAGGAGCGGCAGAAGAUGCUGGAAGCUGCACUGCAGCAGGCGGAGGGUUUUCACGGUGAGCUCGAGGAGUUCCUGCAGUGGAUGAGGCGCACAGAGAGUCAGCUGGCAGCUGCCAAGCCCACAGGAGGCCUGCCGGAGACAGCCAGGGAACAGCUCCAGCAGCACAUGGAGCUCCAGACCCAGUUGGACCAGCGGGCAGACCAGUACCACCGGCUUGUUGACCAGGGCGAGUCCAUGCUGCUGUCCCGCCGAGGAGAGGAGGGCGCGAGUCCCGGGACCACGCAGACCCAGCAGAACCUGGCCCUGCUGCAGAACAAGUGGGCCAACCUCAACUCCAAGAUGGACGACCGACGGGCCAAGUUGGACGAGGCGGUUUCCUUGGCGACGAGCUUCCAGUCCUCACUGCAGGACACUAUCAAUUGGCUGACGCAGGCAGAGCAGACGCUCAACAUGGCAUCGCCUCCCAGCCUGAUCUUGGAGACCGUCCUCCAGCAAAUCGAGGAGCACAAGCUGUUUGUGAACGAGGUGAACACCCACCGGGAGCAGGUCCUGGCCCUAGAGAAGACGGGCUCCCAACUCCGCUUCGCCAGCCUCAAACAGGAUGUGGUUCUCAUCAAGAAUCUGCUGCUGAGCGUUCAGGCCCGCUGGGACAAGCUGGUGCAGCGGUCUCUGGACCGGGGCCGACAUCUGGACGAGGCGCGCAAGAGGGCCAAGCAGUUCCACGAGGCCUGGAGAAAACUGACGGACUGGCUAGAGGAGGCCGAGAGCCGACUGGACUCGGAGCUCGAGAUCUCCAACGAGCCUGACAAGAUCAAAGUGCAGCUGGCCAAGCACAAGGAGUUCCAGAAGGCGCUGGGCUCCAAACAGCCGGUGUACGACACCACAGUACGCUCGGGCCGUGCCAUGAGGGACAAGGCCACCUUGCGGGACGACACCCAGAAGCUGGACCACCUGCUGGGAGAGGUUCGCGACAAGUGGGACACCGUCUGUGGGAAGAGUGUCGAGAGGCAGCACAAGCUGGAGGAGGCGCUUCUCUUCUCGGGCCAGUUUGCCGAGGCCCUGCAGGCACUGGUGGACUGGCUGUAUCGGGUCGAGCCACAGCUGAGCGAAGACCAGCCUGUCCACGGCGAUCUUGACCUGGUGUCCAACCUGAUGGACUCUCACAAGGCCUUCCAGAAGGAGCUGGGCAAGAGGACGAGCAGCGUUCAGGCCCUGAAGCGCUCGGCGCGAGAGCUCAUGGAGACGGGUCGCGACGACACCGCCUGGGUCAAAGUGCAGCUGCAGGAGCUGAGCAACCGCUGGGACACGGUGUGCGCCCUGUCCGUCAGCAAGCAGAGCCGCCUCCAGCAGGCGCUCAAACAGGCGGAGGAGUUCCGCGGCGCAGUGCAAGUGCUGCUCGAGUGGCUGUCGGAGGCGGAGCAGACGUUGCGUUUCCGGGGGGUCCUGCCCGAGGACGCCGAGACUCUACGCGCGCUCCUGCAGGGACACCGCGACUUCAUGCAGACGGUGGAGGACAAGCGGACAGACGUGACCCGCGCCGCCGCCAUGGGGGAGGCCAUCCUCACCGCCUGCCACCCUGAGAGUAUCACCACCAUCAAGCACUGGAUCACCAUCAUCCGCGCUCGCUUUGAAGAGGUGCUCACCUGGGCCAAGCAGCACGAGCAGCGCCUGGCGACGGCCCUCACUGAGCUCCUCAACAACGCAGCUCUGCUGGAGGAGCUGCUCACGUGGCUCCAGUGGGCAGAGACUACCAUUAUGCAGCGUGAUGCUGAGCCCCUCCCCCAGGACAUCACCCAACUCAAAACACUCAUCACAGAGCACCAGGCGUUCAUGGAGGAAAUGACCCGGAAGCAGCCGGACGUUGACCGCGUCACCAAGACCUACAAGAGGAAACCCGGGGAGGCGCCGAGCAGCUUGGCCGAGAGACGGGGAGCACGCAAACAGCAACAACCGCCGCCACAGCAGCAGCAGACCACCAUGCAGGUUGCCGGGGGCAACCCCCGCCUCAGCCAGCUCUGCUCCCGAUGGCAGCAGGUGUGGCUGCUCGCCCUCGACCGGCAGCGCAAGCUCAACGAUGCCCUCGACAGGCUGGAGGAGCUCAAGGAAUUUGCCAACUUCGACUUUGACGUCUGGAGGAAGAAAUACAUGCGCUGGAUGAACCACAAGAAGUCGCGCGUCAUGGACUUCUUCCGCCGCAUAGACAAGGACCAGGACGGCAAGAUCACCCGGCAGGAGUUCAUCGAUGGCAUCCUGGCCUCCAAGUUUCCUACCAGCAAGCUGGAGAUGACGGCGGUGGCGGACAUCUUCGACCGUGACGGCGACGGCUACAUCGACUACUAUGAGUUUGUGGCUGCGCUGCACCCCAACAAGGAUGCGUACCGACCCACGACAGACGCCGACAAGAUCGAGGACGAGGUGACCAGGCAGGUGGCUCAGUGCAAGUGCGCCAAGCGAUUCCAGGUGGAGCAGAUCGGAGAGAACAAGUACAGGUUCUUCCUUGGGAAUCAGUUCGGGGACUCCCAGCAGCUGCGGCUCGUGCGCAUCCUGCGCAGCACAGUCAUGGUGCGCGUGGGCGGCGGCUGGAUGGCGCUGGACGAGUUCCUUGUGAAGAAUGACCCCUGCAGAGUACAUCCUCCAGGGAUUAAAAUCCUGCGCUCCAAGUCCAGCAGUUCCAUAUCAUCUCGCAUAGCACGCGGACGCACCAACCUGGAGCUGAGGGAGAAGUUCAUCCUCCCCGAGGGGGCGUCCCAGGGACUGGCGGCCUUCCGCUCACGUGGCCGGCGCUCCAAGCCCUCGUCCCGCACGGCCUCGCCUACCCGCUCCUCGUCCUCUGCCUCGCACAGCGCCCACAGCUGUGCCUCGCUGCCCUCGGCCCCGGCCACGCCCACAGCCUCGUCACGGCCCCCCCCCACUCACUCUCGGGGUUAUGCCAAGCCCUGGCUGGCUCACAGUAAAACUCCACCUGCUGCCAAGUGCCAGUCCUGCCCAGAGCCGAGCCUGAGCCAGGGCCCCGAGGGGGCAGCCAACUCCAAGCUGAAGAGGCCCACCUUCCACUCGAGCCGAGGCUCUCUCACCGGAGAGAACGGAGCCCAGGCUACACCUGGCACGGCCAAGCCCACCCGGCCUGACCCUAAGCGCACUCCGUCCUCAGCAAGUGGACCCACGAGCCGCGCGGGCAGUCAGGCCGGGAGCCGGGCAAGCAGCCGCCGGGGCAGCGAUGCCUCUGACACUUCCGAGCUCCUGGAGACGCGUUCUGCCUGCUCGGACACCUCUGACACGCCCCGGCGGCCCGGCGCAAAGCCCUCCAAAAUUCCCACCAUCUCCAAGAAGACGCCCAGCCCCAAGACCCCCACGGGCAACAGAUAAAGCAAAAAAAGAAAAAAACAAUCCUCCCCUCCAGUAGAGGGUGCUGUUAGAGGCUGCAGACGAACAGAUGUGGCUGUGAGAGCAACGCUUUGUUACACACAAGUACAAAACCACACACAAAGUGCACAUUGGGACUUGCUCAACACAACAGGACACCUGAGGAGAGCUUGUGUGUGUGGAACUGUGCAGAACUUUCUCGAACUCUCCGCUACAGCAGCUUUCUGAUGUGGAAUGAUGGACGACGCCGUGCCCAGGCCUCUUCUACGGCACUUUGAACUAACAGUUACUGACAUAAUGCUGCCUUAUUUGUGUUACUUACUUCUAUCCUCACCUCAUUUUCCGCAGAAAUGCCACACACACACAUACACAUAGAAACACACACAGGACUGACUCCUGUGCUCACUUGACACCCCCAUUCUUGUAAGGGAAGUCAGUACUCCCUCCCCAGACCCUGCAACGUGUGUGUGUAUGUGCGGAUAAAGUCCUGGCACAAGACCGCCCCCUACUGCCAUACGGGGAGUGUGCUGGCUUUGCGUUUCCAUACCUUGUAAUUUUCACUGGUGGGUCAAUGAAUACGAUGUUAAUAAUGAUAGAGUAAGAGCAGGAGGGGCACCCCCCCCACUUUUCCCCCGGCUCUCCGUCCCACGCAGGGGUGCUGCACUUCGCCUUUGGCAACUCUCUCUCUCUCUCUCUCUCUCUCUCUCUCUCUCUCUCACACGCACAGAUACACACGCAGGCCGAGUGCCACGACGCAGCCGAGAGGUGGCCUGUAGAGCUGUACACCUGACAUAGUAGGGCCACCCAGCGGGGGGUGCAUUUGUGUGCAGCUCAUGUGCUUUAACUGCUCCUCAAUAUGUGUUACAGAAGUCAGAGGUCAUUUUGUCACAUACGCAAAAAAAAAAAAAAAAAAAAAUUGUGAAUGUUUUCCACCCAAGUUAAAUU